AUGAAAUCUCGUACAAAAUACUCGCAGCUCGCCUAUUGGCAUCAACCUAUCGAUCAAAAGAUCGACCAACAAAAAACAGAACACGAUUGGAAAGAUGGAGACAUUGCCUUUCUUAAAGACGCGAAUGAAUUCACACGAGAUGAAUACAACGACUUAAUAAGAAGCGGUUAUCUACACUUUAAAGCAACAAAACACCCAGUUAUCAUUCUAGAGCACUCGAAUGAUCACAAGCACUUCCUUAUCACCACUGUAUCCGCUUACAGCUCUGGGAGGGAAAACAACUAUCUCCCACCAUGGAAACAAUUCCACCACAAGUGCAAACCUCGCGAAGCCUUUCGCGCAUUUUCUGGCUCGGCGAAACCAUCAUACCACCAAAAUUACCUCCAGAUCGCCGAUGGAGGAAGUUUCCCAAAGCCUGAGACAUCUUGGGUUUAUAUGCCCGCAACAUUUGUUGUCCCCUCGUCGGCACUUAAGGAGUUCGACAAGACCCCCGAAAGAUUGCGCAUGACAAAGGAGAGUCUAGAUGAUCUCCUUUACGACAUGGCGAAAAAUGCGCGCUUCGCUACCCGUUGGACAAACCCUCAUGUCCUCAGACUGUUGAGGUCUAAAGCGCCACAAAACCAAAAAUGCUGGCAAAACUAUAACAGAUGGGGACCCUAG